UCACAACCGUGUUUACAUACUCUUAUCUGAACUCACCUAUCGACCAAUGAGCGUACGCGUAGUAUCUCAGUUACUUUAUAAUAUGGAAUAUCUCACUUGUCACGUGUAUUUUCUUGAUAUACACAUGACCCUUCCGUGGUAUACCGUAACUAGUAUGUAUUCUGUGAGACGCUAUUCAAAGGCCAAACGUCGUCCUUUGUCAAAGAGCCACACUCCGGCAGAACGAUGGUUUUCGCCGCUCCUUUCAGAGCCACCAAAACGAUGUCAAUUACGUAACGCGUAAAGCAAGAAAACGCGUAAAGCGUUUUUUUUUACGCGUAAACGCCUGACGCGUAAAGCAAAAAUGUUUCAAAAAAGACUACUUACAUGUGAAGCCAAAUUAAAGGUACUAGCACUUUACUGGGAAUCUGUUACUUAAUUUUAUUAUUGUGCUACAAGCAUCGGUUGCCAUGGUUUUUGCACUCAACUACGGAUUGAGCGGUCUGGGUUCAAGUCCCCGCCGAUGACAUUGUACUGUGUCUUUACUCUCACAGUGGCUCUCCCCACCCAGGUGUAUAAAUAAGUACCGGCGAAUUUAAUCCUUGGGGUAAUCCCGCGAUUGAAUAGCAUUCCAUAAAGGCUUUUGUUCUUGGGCCAUCGUAGUUUAACGAGGAAUAAAACACAAAUAGCGGUGAUAAACAUAUUAAACUUACACAUUACAUAAACUUACAUAUUAUACUUACGUCGAGUUAUUAAAAUGCGUAAGUUUGAUAUGUUUAUCACCGCUAUUUGUGUUUUAUUCCUCGUUGAAUAGCAUUCCAUUCAAGGGGGAGAUACUCCAAGUCGCUUCAUGCUAAACAAAGCACCUGAUGACCCCCUUGGCUCAUAUGCAGAAUUGACCGUACCUCCAAGCAGUGAUAGGGGACAGAGGAAUGGGUGAAUGAAGUAGACGGGACCAUUUUGCAGUGGCGCACUACGUUAUAUGGCUGGGUAUUGUUUUUUCCGCCGAGUUCGGGGAAUACUUUAUUAAAUUCUCUAGAAGAAGGGCAAAUUGUCACCAAAAAAUAUGAUGGCACCCAGUCGCGUUUACAUGGCGAUCAAUUCCUUUCCGCCCUCCCCUUCACCACCACCCCCAGCCCCGUAACCGCCGGAGACAGGGGAGGGGAGGAACUCUCUAAGACUUUAAUACAGCUGAGGGAGAAACGUUCCAAUCCCGGUUAACGUAAUAGCAGAGAGGGCCCUGGGAGCUAGGUUGCGAAAGAACACACAGACCUGUGUAACUACUAGCGAACAAGACACAUUGUAGUGAAUAAAUUCCGUCCAAUUUGAAUUACACUAUUGCCUGAGAAGCCACCGUGUUGGUACGUAGUUACUCCAACAAUGGCGGAUUUAACAAUCGUUCAAGAACACGAAGGAGAGUUCACUGGACCCCGACACGCGUUGAUUCAUGGCGUCCGGGUCCCGUUCUACGAGCCUAACAUUGAUCAAGAUUUUGAGAAAGAUUUGAGUCGUUUUGAAACCAGGCCAGACGACAUUUACGUGGUUAGUUAUCCCAAGUCAGGAACAACUUGGGUGCAAGAAAUUGUGUGGCAAAUUUUCCACAAUGGUGAAGUCAGCAAAGAAAAAGUGGAUUGUCGAUAUUCUCAACUGGAAAAAAGUCAGCUCUUUGAAAGAACUGGGGACGAACAUCAAGUUGCGUUGACCUCUCGGCCCAGUCCCCGCUUCUUCAAAUCGCAUCUUCCAUAUCACGUGAUCCCUAUCAGUAAAAGCGAAGGUAACAGAAGCAAGUACCUUUACGUAGCGAGAAAUCCCAAAGAUGUCGCAGUUUCGUUUUAUCAGUUUGUACAAAGUUUUGGUCCUGCCAGUCACUUUCAUGGGACUUGGGAAUUCUUUGCCAAAAUGUUUUUGGAAGGCAAAGGAGCAUUCGGCUUGUGGUCUGAUCACGUGUUACCCUGGUGGGAACACAGACGUGAUUCACACAUCUUGUUUCUCAAAUACGAGGACUUGAAAAAGGACCUGUGUAGUAAUGUUCGCCGAAUCAGUGAAUUUCUUGAGAAACCUCUGUCAGUAGAAAUGAUUGCUAAAAUCUCCCAUCAAUGCACAUUUGCCGAAAUGAAGAAAAAUUCUGACUCUUUUUCAUUGUCAGUUUAUCCUUCAAAACCAAGUUUUCUUCGUAAGGGUGAAGUCGGGGGCUGGAAGGCUCACUUCAGUGAAGAAUUGAACCAGGCAUUUGAUGAGAAGUUCAUGGAAAAAUUGAACGGGACUGGACUUCAUUUUGACUGAGAGGAAGAACAGCAUUGAUUUAUCAGAUAUAUUUUUUUAAUGCCAAGAUCUCUAGAAAUUUAAGACUCUGAAGCAACUUUUUUGAAUUGAUUGAUUUCUUUACUCCAGUAUGAUCGAGCAACCAACCACACGUUCUGCUCAAAAGCGUCAAAACAUUGUUCAUUAUUCAAAUUGCAAUAAGACAGAGGAGCAUUUUAAAACAACCAAAAAGUGCAUUGUAAAUAAAGGCGAAGUUUUGAA